ACGUGGUUCGAGUCGGAGGCACUGCUACGCUCGACCAGCCGCACUUCUUUCGCAUCGAACACCGGUAGUAAGCGGUCUUUGGGAAAGAUCGUAAAGCGGUGGGACGCAGCAUGUCGCACUCGGAAGCAGCGAACGACCUUGACGGCAGAAUCCGUGCGGAAAGCAAAGGCACAACGCUGUCGUUGAAACGAAAAGCUCCGCCGGAGCGUCGCGUCGGUUCUACAGCUCCAGACAAACAUGAUCGACGUAUCUAUGCAACAGCGGCUUCACCGGGUCUGCUAGCUGUCUUCUCCGCCGACGACUCGAUCCACAAUGAUUACCGUAGCAGGUCGUACUCCGAGCCGAUCAAAGCAAAGUUGGAAGUAGACCAGAGCCUACUCUUCUCACCGUCUUCUGCCGCGAACUAUGACGAGCUCCGAGAACGCAAGCGUUCCGCAACAAACUCUCGCAAAGCUGCUGCUACGGCUCGCCAAACGCUAGACAAAGGUACCCAAGGUAGGGAAAACCUGUACAUGCGUCGGGACCCACCUUCUGUUGGAACCGAGUCGGUAUCCGUACACGGUAAUUCUUCGACGGAGGAGGACGAUGUCGACCGCCAGCACAUCCUCAAGCCAAAGCCACGUUCGCCUGCGGACAAAGCUCGCUCGCAACGACGUCGAUUGCGGAAAACAGCUGGUGCAGAAGUGCGCCGACGAAAGAUUCGAACGCUGCCAUCCAAUCCACUAGAAUUUGAGGGAGACUACAAGACCCAAUUUGCCCCGGAAGACGGAACCGGCAAGCCUCUCACCGCCACUAGUCUUUUGUACGUCAUGAAUGUCAUGGAAAAAGAGUCCUCGGAAGCAGUCAAAGCUGUCACCAAGGGAUUCUCGCGGGACGAAAGUCGUCGGAUUCGUCAGUCCACAACUAAACAUUCACAAGCUAUUCUGAAGAGUACGCGACUAUUUUUACGAAGCGCCAAAGUCUCGACCGUCUACACAGGAGCUGAAGACCCUAUGGGGAGCGGGCUUGCACAGGCCAAUAAAACACGCAAAGCGGACAUUGAACGGUCGAAUCGAAUUUUGCAACAGUUGGAAUCGCAACAAGAUGUUUUAGAAGCGGAGUUGGCCGAAUAUGUUGAGAAGCAGUCGCAGCUGGAAGAGACACUGCGGGCGUUGCAAGCUUCUCAGGAACGUGCUCAUCCUUUGUUGAUACCUGCGCUGGCCCCCGUCGCGGAAGAGAACGCGUGGAAUGAAGGCUUCCCAGCGCGACGAUUUCGUCCGGCGCCCCGAGGUUGCAUGCCCCAGCUUCUGGAAAAGCUGGGUGACGAAGAAUGGAGAAGCAGAGGCAGUGCUUUGAAUACAAACAAUCCACGGUAG